CAAACGUAGGCGAAGAAGUUCUCCCGCUUAUUUUUGACUGCAUCGUUUAUGCAGUGUUGUUGUGUAGUAGUUGUGACAUAUCUGUGAGAUUUAGAAACAGCAAGCUGCUUUUAAAAUCAAAAGUUUACAAGAUGGGCAGCCUCAGUCGAGAGCUGAAACGUUGGGCUGUUGAGGAACUUGAAUUGCCAGCAGUCAGGCUCCCGGAUGAUGGUUAUAUAAAGACGUUAUGCGUUGGUCCAGGUGCCUCUAUUUGGAAAUACAUCACGCAGCAUGUUUACAAAGAAAGGAAUGUUCGGGUUAUAAGGGGAAAUCUUCAGUGGUACAGAGUAUUACAAGAUAAAGAGCUCAGCCAGUUAAAGAAUCAAAAUAAAGAUGCAAGAAAGUUUGAGCUUCAGAAAGAGAUUAAUGCCCUUCAGACUGAACUUAACCAACUGGACACAAAGAUCAGCAGAGUAGAGGAUCAACUGGCUAAUGAAGAUCAAGAUAUGAACAGAAACUGGGAGAGGUUUAUGGACAGCAGACGCAGAAAUCUCCUACUGGAGUCAUUCAGGCAGCGCUGCAAUGAGGAAAGAAACUUGCUCUCAGAGGACACGCACAUUAUUGGCACACAGCGGCAGGCACUGGAGAAUCUAUCCAAGAAAGCAGAGAUGAACCUGGUGUUUGGAUCAUCUAACAAUGCAGACAGUGGAUCUGGUACAGAUCCCCAGGUUUUAAGAGAUAUCAGAGACCUCUGCGACGACAGGGUUCUUUUCUUCCAGUCCUUGCUAGAAAGUGAAUUGAAAGCAAAUCAGCCGACCGAAUUUACUCUUGAUCAAAGAAACGCCAUGAUUCAGCACUGGAUGAGUGCAGCGCAGAACGUCCUGCGUUCUUAUCCUCCAAACCAAGUGCUCUCGGCUCUGCAAGCCUUGACCUCCAGGUAUCAGGUGGCGCUUGAGGAGAAGAUCACGACUUUGGAUGUGGACCGUGAUGUUUCAGUUCUUGGGUUUCGUUAUGAAAGCGAUCAUUUAAUAGAUGUGUCAGCUGAGCAGAAGGAUGAGUUGGCAUCCGUUCAAAGUCUACUACAGUCUGCUUGGGAGGAGGUGGAGCAGAGCUAUGUUGAAUUAGCUCAGACUCGCUGCAGACGCAGACAGCUGGAGUCUGAACUCACGACUUUAAUGAGAAAGACGCCACUGGUACAGGAAACGGACCCGAUAGCCAGGUGUGUGUUUGAGUUAGAGCUGGAGGGAGUGAAGAAGGCUGCGGUUAGAGAAAACAUCAGAGAGCAGUGUACUCAGCUACAGCUGCGGGCGAGACAGGGACAGGAAGCCAUCAGGACCCUGCAGACACAGUGGCAAGGUGUCAUGGACUUUAGGCAACUUGUGGACAAAAGACAAGAACAGAUUCGGAGCUUGAUCAAGGGGAACUCAUCUGUGAAGACCGAAUUGACUCGUGUUCAUGCAGAGGUUCAACAGUUUGUGCUGGAAAAGCUUGGUCCACAGUUUGAGAAUGUGAUCAAAGCUGCCGGUGUACAGCGCAACUCUGUAUCACAGGGAGCCAAGCACCUUAGCUGUGUUUCAUUGGAUGCGUUGGACUGUAGGAUCAUAAAAGGAGGCCAGAAGGUCCCAGCAGCUCAGCUUUCCAUCCACCGGGUCCAGUCUCCUGCUUUGCACAAACUCUGCCAAAGUCUCUCAUUUCCCAUGUACAUGGCUCCAGAGGAGCUGUGGUCUCAGGCUGUGAAUCGGCGACUGGAGAUCCGAACUCUGCGCAGACUUCUUCAGCUUCUCUCGGAGUCAACAGCAGACCUGCAGACGCUAACUGCGCAGUUACCGUCUCCCGAUCAGCAGACUUUGCUGCAGCGUGUGAAGAUGGUGGACGGAGAGAUUCUGCAGACAUUACUCCCUCGGGCCCGUGAGCUCACGCUGAGGUGCUCUAAAGGCCUGGUUUAUGCCGAACAAGUGAAGACUGCCAUCACACACUGGUGGGAGCAGCCUGGUCAGUUUGUCCUGCCAGAAAUUCAGAGAGAGGAUCUGACUUUUCAACAAUGGUUGCAGAGAUGGAAACUGGCAACAAAGGAACCCUGACUUCUGUAUUUAAAAGUUUUUACAUGUACACAGUUCACACUUAAAUCGCUCAUAUUUCAAUUCACUUCAAAUGAAACUCAUUCUAAUAAACAUUAACAGGCAAUAACAAACCUGUAACUGAAUUUUGUGUAGCAUGCUUUUAAAAAAUAUUGUAAGAUAUGAAAUCUGUACAUAUACUGUCUUUCAAUAAAUAAUCUGAUGUGCUUUGAACCGAG